AUGAAACUUCGAUUAUGGGAAACUCAACUUUCAUUAAAUAAUUUGGUACACUUUCCUACAUUAAAACAGUUAUCCACAGAUAGUAAUGAUAAUAAAAGAUACAUUUCAUACAUUUUAUUACUAAAAAAUGAAUUUAUAAAUAGAUUUACAGAUUUUCAAAAGUAUAAAGAUGGUUUUCUACUUUUUAGUGAGCCAUUUUUUAUAAAUACAGAGCAUGUGAGGGAAGAUUUACAACUCAAGUUAAUUGAUUUGCAAUGUAAUUCUGUUUUAAAAUCAAAAUUUGAAGCUGUUGGAGUUCUAGAAAUUUUUAAAUAUCUUGGAAACAGUUAUUCAAAACUAAAGAAAUACUUUUCUAACAUUUUAUCCAUGUUCGGUAGCUUUUAUGUAUGUGAACAAUUUUCUCUCAUGAAAUUAAACAAAUGA